GUAGGAUAGCGUAUAAGAGAAAUAAAGUAAGGAAGAGCACAAGGAGAAACGAGAAUGGAUAAAGAGAUAAAGAGGAGGAGAAGUAAAAGAAGGAGAAAACGACGACGAGUAUGGAUGGGCAGGGGUAGGUUUCUUUGCAGGCAGUACUAGCGACAGACAGGUAUGGCAAAGCGAAGAUGAUUCCAAUGUAUUGCCUUAUUCGCGCUUACGUGUGUACAGACCUUAAACGUCCUGUAAAAGAGAGUGGAAAUCAAUAUUUCAUCAAUUUACAUAUAUACUUCCGUGGAACAUCUUCGAGAAACUUAUUGCACGUUGAAAAUGUUGAAUUAAUGGAGGGACAAGAAAGGAACCGAAGGUGAUGAUAAUAAAGGAAGAAAGAAAAAAGGAAUAGAAAAAGUGAGAAAGAUAGAGAGAAAGUGUGCACUCCUUCGUUUGUGUGUGUAAAAUACGAGAGAGAAAGAGAGAGAGAGAGAGAGAGAAGGGGGACAAUACGGGAGUGACAUGUAUCUUGCAACGGCGUUUCUUCUCAUAUCAUUCCUAGCGAGUCAUUCAAGAUUCGCCGGUGGAAAUACAAAUGCCAAAAUAAAUGCAGUAAAGAUUGCAAAGUGUUGCGAACUCAGUGAACUUCUUUUGGACGACACGUGCACACCAUUAUCAGUGACAAACGAAACGAAACCAUGGCAACCAGAAUAUACAGAAGACAAAGACUCAGAUUUUUCGUUACGAAAUCAAGUCACACCAGAUUAUCGUUUUGGAUUACCUAAAUGUCAUAGUAAUGAACAUCAAUGGCAUGUAUAUUAUUAUCCUUCCGGGCCAGACAGAUUGGCUAUUGUAUUGCCCUUUGGCAAACUUAGACAUUAUAUCGAUGAUCUCAAGAAAGAAACAAUCAGAAAUGGAGAAGAGGUCAUAGAACCGUUCAGAUUUGAUGACGGAGAAGAAGGGACCAAAUCCAUUCACUAUGAUUAUUCUUUUGGGAAAUAUUGUGCCGACAAAGCUGUCCUAAGUAGAGAUCAUUUGGUUGCUACCUAUGCUAUGAUAUGUGUACCUGAGGUACCUGUUCAAUGGACAGAUGCCAAUUACUUGAUGAAACAUGCUAUUGAUCCUGCCUUUCGUGCCAUAUCCAUAGCAGCAUAUCUUGUUGUCGCAGUAAUUUAUUUUGUUCUACCGCAAUUGCGAGAUCUUGUAGGUAAUAUGAUAACUAGUAUGACAUUGUGCCUUAUAACAAAUCAAUGUGCUUCGACAGUAAGAAUAUUCACUGAACUUGGUAGUCAUGUUAGUUUUAUGAUAGCUGAUACAGUUGCAUAUGUGUCUUUAUUAGCAGCUUUCUUUUGGCUCAAUGCUUUGGGCUAUUACGUUUGGAAUACAUUUAGAUCUCGCAAUGUAUUUUUGCGUAUAACUGAUGGAAGAAAAUAUUGUUACUAUUCCACAUAUGUUUGGAUAUCAACUAUUGCUAUUGCUGGAACUGCUAUUUUUGCACAUUUUGCAUUAGAAAUUGACAAACCAUCUAUAGGUGGUACAGUAUACCCCGCUCAAGAAACUGUUGGUUGGCUAGCUCUUUCAGUAUUAUUUAUGUCUAUUAUUCUUACAAUAAUAGUUGAUUUUUCCUUUGUUUUAACAACAGCAAACAGAAUUAAAAGAAUGAGUACAUAUGGCAGAAUUCAUCAUAAAAUGAAAUACAGUUUCAGAAUGUUUGUUUUUCUAUUCGCAAUAAUGAGCAUUAGUUGGAUCUCUUUAUUACUGUCAGGAUUAAAAUAUGAAGCUUUAGCAUAUUGCCACAUUGUUGUUAAUUUGUUACAAGCAAUUUUUGUACUUUAUAUAUGCGUAUUUGGUCAAAAAAGAGUCACAUUUUUACUUGGGAAAACAUGCAAUUGUUGUAAUAAUGGAGAAAAUAUUGAAGGCCUUGAUUGGGGAGAAGAGAUGACAGCAAUAAAUGCAGGUUAUUAAAGUGCACUUAUAUCUUAUAAAUAACUCUGACUGAAUGUCUAAAUAAGACAUAUCUAAUAUUUAAUAUCAAUUAAACUUAAAUAGUAUUAUAAUAUUUGAUAUCUUGUAAAUUAUAUAUGCCUUAAAU